AUGUGCAAACAAGUCUUAGAGGAUUGCAUCCAUUUCUUACAUCAUUUAUGUGUUAACAGGAAAGCAGUCUCAUCUGUGAUGCUGGGGAUACCCUAUAACCACACAGUGGAAACUCCUGCCACCUUCUUCCUUGUGGGUAUCCCAGGUUUGCCAUCUUCCCAUCUUUGGCUGGCUAUUUCACUGGGUGCCAUGUAUACCAUAUCCCUGUUAGGAAACACCCUCAUCAUGACCGUAAUCUGGAUGGAUUUCACUCUACGAGAGCCCAUGUAUUGCUUCCUGUAUGUACUGGCUGCUGUGGAUAUUGUUAUGGCCUCCUCUGUGGUACCAAAGAUGGUGAGCAUCUUCUCUUCAGGAGAUGGCUCCAUCAGCUUUAAUGCUUGUUUCACUCAGAUGUAUUUUGUCCAUGUAGCCACAUCUGUGGAGACAGGGCUAUUGCUGGCCAUGGCUUUUGACCGCUAUGUAGCCAUCUGUAAGCCCCUGCACUACAAGAGGAUUCUCACACCUCAACUGAUGCUGGUAAUGAGUGUGGCCAUCACCAUCAGGGCUGUCAUAUUCAUGACUCCACUGAGUUGGAUGGUAAGUCAUCUGCCUUUCUGUGGCUCCAAUGUGGUUCUCCAUUCCUACUGUGAGCACAUAGCCGUGGCCAAGUUGGCAUGUGCUGACCCCAUGCCCAGUAGUCUCUACAGUGUGAUUGGCUCCUCCAUUAUUGUGGGCUCUGAUGUGGCCUUCAUUUCUGCCUCCUAUAACCUGAUUCUCCAGGCAGUAUGUGGUCUCUCUUCAAAGAAUGCUCAAUUGAAAGCAUUAAGCACAUGUGGCUCCCACAUGGGGGUUAUGGCUCUGUACUACCUACCUGGGAUGGCAUCCAUCUAUGUGGCCUGGCUAGGGAAGGAUACAGUGCCUCUGUACACCCAAGUACUGUUAGCUGAUUUGUAUUUGAUCAUCCCACCUACCUUUAACCCCAUCAUUUAUGGCCUGAGGACCAAACAAAUGCGGAAGCGAAUAUGGAGCUUGCUGACACACUGCCUCUUUGACCUCUCCAAACUGGGUUCAUAA